UUCCGUCGCUACACAUCUCUUCAGCGGGAGAUGUCUUUUGCGCUGUUCUGAAGCAGGCCGACUAUCUCAUUGCUGGUCAAUACGGUCAACCACCGAGUUUAAGUAACAAUUUCUAGCUCCCUCCGACAAGCAUGAAGGCAUGACUGUCCUCCUGUUCUUCCCCUUUAUACUGCUCCUGUUGGCGGCACUAUCCUCUCCAAGCAUCGCAUCGGACUACCAUGAGCAGCUUAUUCUUCAGCCAUUGCCCCCGUCUUCCCUCCUAGCCUCGUUCAAUUUCCGAAGCAAUGCCUCCCAGGCGUCGUUUGAACAACAGCACUUUCGGUACUUUCCACGGUCCUUGGGCCAGAUCUUGCAACAUUCGCACACCAAAGAGCUACAUCUUCGCUUUACGACCGGACGAUGGGAUGCGGAAAGUUGGGGCGCACUACCAUGGAAUGGAACCAAAGAAGGGGGAACUGGAGUAGAACUGUGGGCAUGGAUUGACGCCGCAAAUGAUGAAGAGGCAUUUGCGAAGUGGAUCACCUUGACACAGUCCUUGUCGGGCCUGUUUUGCGCAUCGUUGAAUUUCAUUGAUUCUACUCGGACCACACGCCCGGUUGCUUCAUUUAAACCGGGUGGAGACCAUCCAGCGUCGAAUCAGCUUCAUCUUUUGCAUGGAACACUUCCGGGAGAGGUCGUUUGUACUGAAAAUCUCACGCCGUUUUUGAAGCUCCUUCCGUGUAAGGGGAAGGCUGGUAUUUCUAGCUUAUUUGAUGGGCACAAACUGUUUGAUGCAUCAUGGCAGAGCAUGUCUAUUGAUGUGCGCCCUCUUUCUCCCCAAGGAAGCGAAGGCCUAGUCCAGAUUGAACAGACGGUAGACAUGGUCCUUGAUAUUGAGAGAUCUAAACGUCCGCGAGAUAACCCAAUUCCGCGGCCAGUGCCUGCCGAUCAGCUCGUAUGUGACACGUCGAAGCCAUACAAUUCCGAGGACACUUGCUAUCCUCUGGAAAAGACGAGUGAAAAUGAAUGGAGCCUAUCACAGGUCUUCGGUCGAGGCAUCAAUGGCCCCUGCCCCAUCACGGAAGAUGGGUCUCCUGGCGCAAAGACUGUCUGUCUCCGGGUACCACAUGAGAGAGACGUAUUAGUGACCGCUGGGGGCUCCGAAACAAAAUACCCGGACGGAUUCACGCGUUGCUUCUCAAUAGAUUCCCCGCGUGUGUUCGAUCUUGUCCUUCCUGAGCAGGAAAUUCAUUCUCAUGUACCCCUGGUUGAACCUAUCCUGCAUGCGGAGCGAACGAUUAUUGGCCAUGGCCAGGAACGUGGUGGAAUGCGCGUCAUAUUUGGAAACCCAUCGAGCGCAAGUUCUGUUGACUUCAUUUACUUCGAGACUCUACCCUGGUUUAUCCGGCCAUAUAUUCACACGCUUCAGGCGACCAUAGCUGGUCGUGAUGGAGUGCAUCGCCGAGUUCCCGCUUCAGAAAUUAUCAAGGAAACAUUUUACCGACCAGCAAUCGAUCGAGAGCGUGGCACGCAACUGGAGUUAGCAUUGUCCGUUCCGGCAGCAUCUACUGUGACUCUGAUAUACGACUUUGAGAAGGCCGUUCUGCGAUACACAGAAUAUCCACCCGACGCGAACCGGGGAUUCAACGUUGCACCUGCGGUGAUUAAACUCCUGCAUCCUGCCGGAGACAACAGUGAGGGGGGAUCACCGAUGUAUAUCCGCACAACCAGUCUUCUCCUCCCGCUUCCCACGCCAGAUUUCAGUAUGCCAUAUAACGUGAUCAUCCUUACGAGUACCGUGAUAGCUCUGGCCUUUGGAAGCAUCUUCAACCUUUUGGUCCGUCGGUUUGUAGCUGCGGAUGAGGCCAAGGUUCUCGUACGGCAGACACUCAAGGGCCGAGUGUUCGGCGGGAUUGUUGCUAUUCGGGAUCGGAUUAGUGGGAAAGCAGAAAAGGUGGAAUAGGAUAGCUUAUUUAAUGGUAUAAAGAUUAGCCUACUAUGAGCAUCAACUAUCUUCCGCAUUACUUUUUGUAAGAUUCUGCUAAAAAUGAUAUAUGGUAGAUCUCAAUCUGAUUCCCAA